UGCUCAGGAGGUCCCCCGUCGCCCCUGCCCGCCUCUUAUCUCCCGCAGGGCACAACAGUGCAGCUGCCCUUCUGCUCACUGUUAACUUCAUUUACCACCGGGACCGGAACCGGGACUGUGAGCUCACAGCCUUCCUCCUGAGGAACAAGAAGCAAACCUGUUAGCCGUCCUUCGCGUUCGAUCAACAGCCCAUCUGCGCUUGCACAGCCGUCUGUUCUCAGUUCUCACCUCCGGGAAGCUUGUCCUGCUGUUCACACACCUCUCGGCCCAGAUGUCUGACGGCAACGAGUUCGCCGAGCUUCUGUGGGAGAACGGGCAGGCGGUGGUGCACGGCCGGAGGAAACAGCCCCAGACCGCCUUCCCGCCCUUCACUUGCGGCGGCUCCGGCAGCAGCAGAGCUCAAGAAAAGCAUCCCGGCAGCGACCCCAUGGCCCUGUUGAAGACCGGCGGCCUCUUUGGCGUCGGCGGCAUGGCUUCAUCGAUUCACGACUUCUCUUCAGGCCUAGACGCCACCCGUGGCAACGGCGAUCUUGACGACACCGUCCCCUGGAUCAACUACCCCAUCAUCGACGACGACAGCGCCGCCCCUGCCCUGGCAGACAGCUACAGCCCGGAUUUCUUCUCGGAGCUCCAAGCAGCGGCAGCCGCGGCGACGAACCUCACCUCCCCGCCGCCUUCUAUCCACCACACCGCCAACAACAGAAGUAACCCGGUUGCCACCAGCAGCAGAGAACCAGAAGUCUCAAAGGAAGGCCACCGCAUGUCAGCUCCCGCCACCAGGCCCGAGCCACAAGCCGAGUCCGCGGCCGCCAAGCAACCUCGGUCGUCCGGAGAGGGCUUGAUGAACUUCGCCCUCUUCUCUAGGCCGGCAGCCAUGGCGCGGGCAAGCCUGCAGAGCGCGCAGAGGCCGCCGCCACAAGGCACAGACAAGCCAUCCAAUGUCACUGUGACUGCAAGCACCCGCAUGGAGUCGACGGUUGUCCAGUCAUCCUGCGGUCCAAGAACCGCCCCCGCGUUCACGGACCAGAGGACGGCGUGGCCGCAGCCCAAGGAGGUGCGGUUCGCAUGCACAGCUGCGCCGACGGCCGCGGCUGGUAACCUGCAGCAGGAGAUGCCUCGGGACAGAGCUGGCAACAACAUGACUCUGCAGAAAAAGGUUGAGACGAGGAUGGCGCCUGAGGUCGCAGUCACGAGUUCGUCUGUCUGCUCCGGCAAUGGCGCUGGAAAUGGAAAUGAUGAGUCCUGGCGCCAUCAGAAGAGGAAGAGCCAAGCUGAGUGCUCUGCAAGCCAAGAUGAUGAUCUUGAAGAUGACUCCGGUGGGUUGAGAAGAUCUGCCAGCAGAGGCACGAAGCGCAGCCGCACCGCGGAGGUGCACAAUUUGUCAGAAAGGAGGAGAAGGGACAGGAUCAAUGAAAAAAUGCGCGCCCUGCAAGAACUCAUUCCCAACUGCAACAAGAUUGACAAAGCCUCAAUGCUGGACGAAGCGAUUGAGUACCUCAAAACCCUUCAGCUUCAACUUCAGAUGAUGUCCAUGGGAAGUGGGCUAUGCAUUCCUCCAAUGCUGCUGCCAUCAACCAUGCAGCACUUGCAAAUUCCCCCAAUGGCUCAUUUCCCUCAUCUUGGCAUGGGAUUGGGGUAUGGGAUGGGUCUCUUCGACAUGAACAACCCAGGUUGUUCCGCGGCGGUUCCACUUGCCCCCAUGCCUGGUGCUCACUUUCCCUACUCAAUGAUCCCAGGCGCGGUACCACAAGGUCUUGGAAUGCCUGGCAGAGACACGGUGCCGAUGUUUGGGGUUCCCGGGCAAGCAAUUCAUUCGUCAGCGUCUAGUGUACAACCAUUUCCAUCUUUGGCUGGUCUUCCUGUUAGGCCGAACCUGGCCCCUCAAGUCUCAGCCACCAUGGCUAACAUGGUGCAGGAGCAACAGAAAGGUGUAGCAAAUCAACAGCAGCAAAAUCUGAAUAAUGAAGCUAGACAGGAAGCAAACACAGGAGGUCCACAAUUACAGACCAUCCUGCAGGUCGAGAACCAGCAUUUUAGUGCACACUCUUCAGCACAAACAGAAAGCUGUCAGUUUCUGGAUGGUGGCGGCAACAGGACUAAUACUACAGGGAGAAAUGGGGCUGAAACAUAAACAACGGCCAGUAAGUGUCCCGACUAACAAGCUCCAGAUGUGCAAAUUAGCAACUAAUCCUGGGAGAACAUACCGAGUUUCAAAAUCCACUAAGCGGAUGUCACUUGAAAAGAGAUCUUAAUCAAUCAAGAGGGAAUCGGGCAGGGCGUGCUAGCUUUAUCAAGCUAUCAGGCUCCAAAAUUUUGUGUAAAAUGUAGAUGGUAGGUGCUACCUGGUUUGCAACCUGCAAGCUGUACUUCUUGACAGCCAAUGCAGUUUUCCUUGAGUAGUUUUUUUGCUUCACCGGAGUCUUCUUGGACCAAUAUAUCUUAUUUUCCCAAACAUAUUUUGCGAUCAUGCGCAAACA